CUCAAACCGCUGCUGCUGCUUACUGAAGUUCCGCUCCCCUCCCUCCUCGGUCCCCAGCUCAAUGGUCAUUCUGACUUGGAAAUGGAGGAGGAAGGCCACAUGCGCAAUGUGCCUCGUGGGAUGGCUCUGUCGCCUGCUGACGACGCCCAUCUCGGCGCAUGGGCGUGCAUCUUCGCCUCUGGGCUUCGUCGCAACGACAGGCGGCCGGCCGACCAGGUGGCCGAGGCGGGAGCAGAUGAGGAAGCUGAUCUACAGGCGGAGAUCUGCCGCUGCCAUGACCACAGACCGGCCCAGAAGACAAGCACAUCAGGUGAGAAAGAUGGGACAGACAGACAGACGCGUGUACAUCACAUCCAUACCAAAAGGCUUUCACUGUGUCUGUCUGUUUGUCUGUGUGUUGUCUGUUCUUCUGUGUGUGUGCUGUGGCUGGACAGUCCCCACCGGUGGUCGACAAGAGCAACCGUCGAGCGAUGCUCGAAGCGCUGAUGUCAUCCUCUCUGGCCGUCACGGCAGCACUCAUGGCCAUGCAGCCCACAGCCGCAUCAGCGGCAUCAGCACAGGCCUCGGGCGAGCUCCUCACCUCUUCCUCAUCGAACAGCGACAAGGAUGUGUGUGUAUCGUCGGCCGAGUCUGCCUGCCCCUUCAUCUGUGAGCAACCACACACGCAUCAGACCAGGCAGGCAUGAGCAUUCUCCUUGCGAGUGACACAUCGCUCUUUCUCUUCUUCUCCAUGAUUGUGCAGCUAUGGAGGAGCUGAAUGAGAUCAGUCGGCUGGCCGCUGCGGAGGUGCGGCGUGCGCCGAAGGGCAUCGAGGCCGUCGAGCAGCCGCUCCCUGAGUUCUUCCCCGAGCUGACGAGUGAGGGCAUGACCUGGCGCAAGGUCUUCGACUCGGUCAAGGGGGCCGACGUGCUCUACGUGGCCUCCGACACCUACUCUCCCUCCUUCGUCACAUACAUGGCGCGGUUCCUCCUAAACUACGAUGACACGUGUGCUGCCUGGUGGCGGCAGCAGCGGCUCACCACACAGGCCGUGGCGGACCCCUCUGAGCGGACCAGGAUUCUGCUCAAGAGUUUUGGGGAGUUCUCGUCGUCUGUCGAGUAUGGCUUGCGGCGUUACCGGGGCCAGGCGGGUGUCAACAACCUGCUCAACGUCAUGAUCCGGCGGUACGGUAACCGGCAGAUCCCCGAGUCGCGACGGCAGCUGGCCCUCCUCUUCUCCCUACUCAGCCAGUACCAGCCCAUCAACGCUAUCACGGUCAGUCAGCGAGGGAGGCUCUCAUGCAUCCAUCGUGCGUCUGGUGUCUUGUUCAUCAUGCGUGCGUGACUGCAGGUGCUGUCCCGUGCCCUCCCGACCCGUCCAACGUUCGCCUUCUCGCCCUCCCCCGCGGGCAUCCCCUCGCCGGUUUUUGCCAGCAUGAAGGAGGAGGAGGGCUUCUUCCUCUCAGACCCAGUCGCGCUGCUCCCCGGAGGCGUCAACCCCAUCUUCGACCUCGAGCUGCAGCGGUAUCGUGUGAGCGGCCUGCUGGCCGACCCCAAGAUGCUCCUCAGCUACCAGCUGCGCCGUGACGGCUCCGUCAACCUGGACCAGCCUGUCCUGACGCUGUUUGGGCCGCGGGGGCCCUUCCCCGUGACUCGCGAGAAGCCGCUUGACUGGUCGACCUACGCACUGUUCGCCACUGCUGGUGCGUUUGCGUGUUCGGCGACGCACGCAGCCGUGAUCCCCCUGGAUGUGGUCAAGACGAAGCGGCAGACCGACCCGGAACGAUUUGACUCUAUGGGUCUGAUGCAGGGCGCCAUCACCCUGGGGAAAGAGGAGGGCUGGCGCAUGCUGCUGCAGGGGGCCCAGGCCACCAUCCUGGGCUACCUCUGGUACGGCAUCACGGUGUACCCUGGCUAUGAGUUCUUCAAGCGGCUGUUCGCUUCGCUGGCCGGCCCUGCGGGUGCCAUCGAGUUCCGAGUGCCGCUGGUGCUGAUGGCCGGUGCGGUGGCGACGGUCUUCGCUGCUGUGGGCGUCUGUCCGUGUGAGGCGGUGCGCAUCCGGAUGGUGGCUGACCCCAAUUACGCCUCGGGGUUCCUCCCCGCCGUCCAGCGGCUGACCCGAGAGGACGGCCUGUUGAAGCUCUAUGACGGCUUCUGGCCGCUGCUCAUCCGGCAGGUGGUCUUUGGCAUGAUGAAGUUCUUUGUGUUCGACUCGUUUGCUGAGUUCCUCUUCGAUGUGUUUCCGGCAUUGGACGACACCACGGCCAUGAGCCUGUCUGUGUCGGCCUUCUCGGGGCUGGUGGCCGGGGUGGCCAGCUCGAUUGUGUCGCAGCCGGCCGACACGAUUUUGUCGCGCAUCAACCAGAGAGGCGGGAGGGAGAGCGCCUUUGAGGUGGUGAGGGACAUUUUUGACAAGUGGGGGCCGCAGGGCUUCUUCUUUGGCCUCGGCAGCCGCUGCGUGUGGGCGGGGUCCAUCAUCGCCGGACAGUUCUUCCUCUAUGACGUCCUCAAGGCUUCCUUUGGCGUCAGGAAUGAAGACCUCAUGCUGUCAGUGAGAGACACACUCACACACACACACGCACACGCAGUAUCUCGUUCUCGCGUCUGCUCCUGUGUGUUGUGAUUGAUGUGUUGUGUUAUGUGAUGUCAGGUUCAUGGAUGUGCUGUCGGGGCUGCCGCAGUGAGUGAGAGGUCUGUACACACAUGGCGUGGCGGCCACCGAGUGAAUGCAAUGCAGUGCGUGCUGUGGAGUGAGUGAAUGAAUGACGUACAGAUUGUGG